UUAGUAGUGGCUGAUCAGCUGUUCAUUGACAUUGUGGAUAGUGGAGUGUUUCUAUCAUUUCAUCACUGGUGUUUUCUUUAAGGAUUUAACUUAUAAAAUGGAAGAGCCCAGUUUGUUGAGUCUACCUCAAGAAGUCCUGAUACACAUUGGUAGUUUCCUGGACCUGCAGGACCUUCUGGCCUGUUCGGGGACUUGCUCUCAGCUACGCUCGGCUCUCAAUGACAACUGGUUGUGGCGAAGACAAUGCAGGCCUAGCGUCAUCAGCUACAUAAACACCAGCAAUAGUAUCGUCAGUCCUGCGUUCCAGUACACAGAGAUCGAAACUUUGGAACCACUCUGCCUCGAACGAAUAAAUCUGCUUCGGCAAAACCACCUGUUGAGCAACUGGAGACAUGGAAGAUCAGUAAAUCAUGAAGCACAAACCUCUGGGAACGGAAUCUUUCUGGAGAACAACGACCGACAAAUCAUCUACGACAACAUUUAUCUUUUCCUCCACGUCAUGAGCACCAAUGAAAUAAACAUUUGGAACAUUGAGAACGAGCCAUACUUGUACACCACUGUAACAUUCAACCUCUACGAGUACAACAUGGAGGACGAAGACUGGACAGAUAUCGUGAGAGUUUGGUAUCAAAUUGUGGGUGACAAGCUGGUGGUGAUUCAGGGAAACUUGAUUCAAGUUUAUGCAAUUCACCUGCCAAAUAAGGAUGUUCCGUUGAACCAUUUGAUUUCCAUCGACAGAGAUGCAGCUGUUCUGGACUUCCAGGAGACUUUGUAUACAGAUUGUUACAGUUGGAUUGUAGGGCAUUUGUUGUUUUCCAGACUCUGUUAUCUUCCUGUUGUACAUGUGUGGGACAUCACAACGGGGGAGAAGAUCAGAGCUUUACGAGCCCCCACAACAGGAUGGGACUUGUACGUGAUUUCAUUAGACGAUGUAAAAAACGUAAUUUUUAGUUUAAGAACUGACGACCCUUUCUCAAUGGGUCCUGAAGAUUAUUCUAAGAUCACGAAUCACAUCUCAAGCUACAACGUAGCCAAAGAUGAGUUUACACCGAUAUAUCCCAACCUGGCAGGCUGCAAGCCAGUUCAUGCUAUGCACUAUAGGAGCUAUGUAGUGUUGUUUUGUAUCGAUGAUAUGUUCAUUUUUAUAUGUUCUAUUUACGUUUACGACUUUAAAACUUGUACGACAGUGGCACACAGAACAUUUUCUGAUCUUGUAGGGUUGUACAAGUCACGUAUCGUAGAAGACCGUUUAGUUUUAGCUUCUCAAAGCUCAAUUGAUAUUUUGGAUUUCACUAGCUUAAAUGCCCUGCAAAGCUUAAAAAUCGAAGACAUUAUUGACAUUGAUUAUUUUCCAGUUUUUAGUUCAACGUUCAUUGUUACUUCCUCUGUGAAAAGUGAAAUUGAAGUUUGGGAUAUAAACAAAAGUGAGGUAAUUCUGAAAAUUCCUCUUCAAAGUUUUGUAUUUUUAAACGAUUCUUGUUCUAAAUUGGUUGUUGUAUCUGGGCAAAAAUUGCUUGUGAAAACAUUUUGGUAAUACAAUGGAAUUAGAAGAGGGAUUGAAGGUCAUCAGUUAUGUAUCUAAUUUUAAAUUUAAGCUUUAUUCACUAAGCUGUCACUUUCAAAACUAUGAAAAUAGUCUAAUUUAGUUCCUAUUUGUAAGUAUAUUCAUUUAAAAACAUUAUAAAGCGUAGGUUGGAUAUCAUAACGUAUAUCCCUACCACAAAUCAUUCUUGCAAAAAUAAAAACAAAAUAAAACUUUAUUUUUAUUUAUUUAACUUUAUUUAUAAAAAAAAUCAAAAUCAUGAUACGUUGUCUCAAUAAAUACACAUAGAAUAAAAGUAAUUUUAUUUCUUUCUUCACAAUAAAUUAACAUAAUUCAUAUUGGAAAAUAUUAAUGCUACUUUAUCACAGUGCCGUCCAGCUACCUUACAGGUAUGUCUCAUAACCUAGCUAACCAGUUACCACCAGAGAGAUGAAUAGAUUAUAACUGGUGUCACCACUCAGUGUUUAUAAAGCAUGACACUGUUUUUGCUCUUUUUUUAUAUUUUUCAUGUUAUUAUGUUGGCCAUAUUGGUUGGUUGGAUAGCUGUCAAAUUUGAUCCAAUCAGAUAAGGUUAUUUACCAAACAGAGACAAUGUGACCAAAAGACCUAGCAACAAGCACACGUUACUGUACUUAAAUGUUUAUCCAGAAAGUAGUGACUCCAUUUGUAAUCAAUUUAUCUCUAUGGUUACCACCUGCUCAGUGGGAUCAUCCUAAACCUAAAUUGUUAAAAGUUAUGGGUUGAACUCCUAUAGGAAAACAAUGCACAGCAUUUUCAUAUCCUUUCCAACUAACCUCAAACCUUUUGCUUUCUCCAAACCAAAUGAACUGUUUGUUGAUACAGUACAAUGAUUAAUCCUAGCUUAGUAAGUAGGCUAUGUAUUACAAUAAAAUAGUUGGAGUAUUAGAGGUUGUAAAGAAUUAGUUUCAGUGCUCAGACAAAUCUUGGACAAUAAAUUAAUACAAUAAAUUAACUUGCCGUAGAUUUUCUAAACUCUCUCAUGACAUCCGAACAAGAAAAGUUGAGAUUUAACAGUGGAAAAGUGUAAAAUAUUAUAAGUAUAUACAGAUCAUUUUCUGGAUCUUGUAACUUAAAAAGGCUUAAAUAGAUCAUCACAAUUUCUUACACAAUAAUAAAUAGAACUUUUAACUGUUCAUUAGAAAUUUAGAAGAUUUCUAAAGUGAAUAGACUUAAAUACAACAACAUUUACAAAUAAUAUUUAAACGAUUAAAAUAAAAAUAAACUACUACACAUUAAAAAUACAUAAACUCUGAUACUUCUACAUUGCAUUUCUUAAAGUAGUAAAUGCAGAGAAAUAUAAAAAAACAUAACAAAGUUCUUUAAGAGUAGAAUGUAAUUUAUUAAGUAGGAGAUAAAAUACAUGUGAAAUAGUUUGUGCAAUAAAUAUAGAAAGGUACAAGAAUAUCACCAUCUAACCACCAAAAUAUCAAAGUAGGAUAAGCUUGAAUAAAAUCUAAAAUGACUUUCAAUUCCACAAACAGCACGAUAAUUAGUAUCAAAACAGUUAACACUAUUACAUUACCAUUUAUGAUAUUGCAUAAAAAUAAAUAUUUUGAUUUCAAACAUUAUUUUGAUAUUUAACGUUCUUGCUUGUAGAAAUAAUUUAUCAUACACAAUACACACCAGUAACUAAACUAUAGCUUUUUCAACUAAAAUAAAAAUAAAUAUUACCAUUUACUGUCUUAUAAAUAAUUAAUCAAUAAAUAUGAAUCAAUCUUUAGAUAAUCUUUUUUAAUUUCACUAUUUGAAAUAUAACAAAGUAUAAACCCUCCAAUGGGUGAAGUGGAAAAAUUAUAAUAUUGAUGACAGAUUUAAGGAAACUACUUUACUGAAUGAUCCAACAAUUAAUUGUGUGUUAGCGAAUAUGAUGAAAAUAAAAAUAAUAUUCCUAGAGAUAAAUUCUAAGCGGUGAUUAGUUUUAAAA